AUGUUCACUGUUUUCGUCUUUUACUUCCCGCCCAGUAACAACAACAACAACAACAGAAGAAGAAGAAAAACAGUUCAUGCCAUUAAAGUGGGCAUCCUAGACCGGGAGCAUGGUCUUUUAAAGAAGCGCAAGCCGCACCUGGUGGCGCUUGUUGAGGAGCCAGGAGGUCGCCUCUUGCGCUGGCACAAGACUGCCUCUCCGGACAGUCCCAUCGAGAUGGACGUGCCACUCAAAAGCAUCGUUGCCGUGGGUCGAUUGGUGGAGAGCGACAACAACACAUACUUUGUCGUCAGCUCUGACAGCGGUAACUUCACCUUCAUAGCGCCCACCAUUGAUGACCUGCAAACGUGGGUCAAGCUUCUCUCCCCGCAAGCCCUGUCCCGGCAGUCAUCCACAAGUGAUGAUGACCGCGUCUGUGGACUCUUGAGCGUGGACAAGAAAAAGGACCGGUGGUGUGUCCUCCGAAAAGCUUCCAUCGUCAUGUUCAAGGCCAAGGGUGACAAGGAUCCCGUGGGUGCCAUCGUGCUUGAUAGUCUUUGCACUGUCAAGCCGCCGGAAACGAGCGAGAAGCUGUCGGCGCGUCGGGCUACCGUCUCGGGCUAUACCUUCAAUAUUUACACAGCCUCUCGGGAUUGGGCGCUCAAGGCUAAGACCAUGAACGAUGCCAAUCGAUGGGUGACAGCGCUGCAGGAUGCCAUUGAAGCUUGUCCCAGCUUGACAACGCCAUUUUCCAAGCUAGCCAAUCGUCAUGCUGGUGCAGAUGCCUUUGAGCUUGAAGAGGUUAUUGCUGAUCGAGUGCUGCUUUGUUUCUCGGAUGAGGGCUUGGAUAUGCCCUUGACACCUCUGCCUUACGGCUCUAUCGGCAAGCGGCCCUCGGGCAAUGAAUACGGCUUUCAUCACAUUGAGGCCAUGCACAUCUACAACAGUCUGUUGCCAGGCCAAUCAUCCAGAUUUGGUGAUUUGAGUGACGUGCACAAGCUGGCUCGCAAUCUCUUCCUUGUCUGUCAAGACGUGCCAAUGCUGCGCAAUGAGAUUUUCAUGCAAAUUCUCAAGCAAACCACACGGCAUCCGCGCCCGGGGUCGCCAGAGCACAUGGUGUACUGGUUUCUAUUGGCUGCUCUCUGCUCACACCACGUGCCUUCGGGCGCGCAAGACAAGUUCUUGCGUUCCAUGCUGCGCAUGACGGCCGCGCAUUCUGAGUAUCCAUCAAGCGUGAAAAAGGCUGCCAACUUUUGUCUCGAGGCUCUGUCAGGGGCCAAGUCGCCCGUCUUUCAUGAUGCCCUCAUGAAGGACAUCCUAGAUGGGAGCGCCUUUGAUCGUCAAGCAGAUGGUCUCGUGCUGGACCGUGAGAUCACGCUCGCCGACGACUCGGCCUGUUGA